AUGUAUCCUCCUCAGGUGUGCGCCAAUGGGGGGCGCUGCGUGCUUAGCGGCGCUGACAGCUACACCUGUCUCUGUGCACCUGGUUGGUCCGGUCAGAGCUGCCACAUGAAUGUCAAUGAUUGUGUUCAACACUGGUGUCAAAACGGAGCCACUUGUGUGGAUGAAAUUGAUGGUUACAGCUGCCUUUGUCCCAGAGGAUACAGGGGCACCCGCUGUGAAGAUGACAUUGAUUACUGUGUCGACCAUGGCUGCUCUGAGCACGGCGUUUGCCUCGACCAGCAGUAUAACUUUACCUGCCGCUGCAUGCUCGGGUUUGAAGGAUCGCUCUGUGAACUGGAAACAAAUGAGUGUAACAGCUCGCCCUGUGCAGACGGCUCCACUUGUGUGGACCUCAUCGCUGAUUAUCAGUGCCGCUGUCCUGCUGGAUUUGAGGGGAGGACCUGCUCUGAGAAUGUAGAUGACUGCUGGUCUGUGCCUUGUCUGAAUGGAGGCUCAUGUAUAGAUCUGAUAAAUGACUACAUUUGUCAUUGUCCUCUGGGUAAGGACCAUCUACUGCUGUAUUAUUGA